GAUGCACAUCUCAUGUGUUGCGGCUUGCCACCCUACUCGCCUUUAUUGCCGCUUUGGAGAUCGCCAAGAGUCGAUCUGCAGCGCCUAAAACUUAUCUAGUCCCAGUCUACUACGACGCAAGGGCCUGCUCAGACAAACGACAUCACACUGUAGUUGAGAACGCAACCAUCAUCAUGGACGAGAAGGGUGCAAGUUACAUCAGCUCGGGCGUCCGGUUCACAAAACAAUUGAAGACUGUGUCCAAGUUCGUCGUCAUAAUCACGAAAUGUACCGGUGGGAUAUCAGAUAAUCUUUGUGAGUACUAUAUACGCUGGGUCUGGACUACAGGCCUGUGUAGCUUCAUCCCGGCCAAAGACAUGUUUUGGACUCCCUUCAUCGAUUCAUUUGAACCACCAUUCAGGUGCCCUGUUAAGGGAUACUACUUCAUGCGUAAUGCAACGUUGGAUCUCGACAAACUUAAAAAUUUAGUCCCUGACCUGUCGAAGCACAUUUGGCCCGUAGAGAUUCAGCUCUACAAUGAAAAUGGUGAUCUGGUGAUCUGUGUGGCCGCAACCGGCGAAUUUCGUUACGUCAGGGGGACGACAACUGGUUAGGUCCCCGUUAAGUUGGUGAAAUCACUUCCAAGCCAAUGACUUGGAAACGCUAUGGAAUCGCAAACCCGUUUGAGGUAAGCUAAAAAAUUUAUCCGCUUACUCAGCGGCCAAGGAGGGGUCGGAUG